UGUCAACGGAAUAAACAUAAAAACCGGCGAUUACUGGGCGGGACGGAGAGAAGGCCCCCGGGGCGGAGCUUCGGUGUCCAUGGAAACCAGACGCGACUUUAUGACUACUCGCUUGUGCAGUGCAGUUUUCUUAUACAGGUCCCAUAAAAAUACUGGACGGUCCCAAAGACACUUAAGAGAUGGCAUCAUUGCCCAUGAUGGAAGUCUUGCGGGUGAGCACGGUGCUGGAGGACAGCUUGGAUCAGCUUUCUGUCCUAGGAUAUAUCAUGCCAGUCUCCUACCAGGGGCGAAAUAACAUUGUAGGAAAUGAAAUUGGUAAAAUCUUGAAGACUCAGAGACAAAUGGAAGGAAACCUUGAAGAACUGAUUGCGACACGUGCAGACAUCCAGUUAACACCACCUCCUCUGUUAAACAAGCUGCGGGAUCUGAAGGAGCAGGUCCAUGAAACUAGUGAAAAGCUGAAAAUUAGCAAUGUGCAAUUCACAAAGGCUGCAAGACAAAGUCCUCUUACUUCUGACAACCUAAAGAAAGUCCAGGCAGAUAGACAAUUUGCAGCAGACAUCAUUGCAGAUUUGUUAAUGGAGCUGGAAACAUCUGGAUCAUUUCAGAGCCUUCAGGACGCAGUGGCCACUGAGAAAGAGACAAAAGCGAACCUCUACAAUACAAUAGAAAGAGAACAGGAGGGGAGAAAGAAGAUCAGAUUACUGCAGAAGCAGUUACAAGAUGUAAAACAAGAAAAGAAAGUGGAGUUGCAGAAUCGCACAGAACUGAUUGCACACCUAAAGGAUCAACUGCAGGAGAUGAAAGCUAAAACCAGCAUGGAAGGCAAAUAUGUCAAGAAGGACACCGAGCUUCAAGUGUUCCAGACACAGAAAAAGUGCAACAUAGCAGAGUCUAACCUGCAGAUGGACAUCCAGAAAAUUAAAGAAAAGAUGGAUGAAGAGAUAAGAGUCCAUAUUGAGAUUGAAAAUUUCCUAAGGCAGCAUCAACAGGAGCUGGAAGAGAAGUUGGAAUACUGGAUGGAGAAGUAUGACAAAGACACAGAAGAGAAGCAGGCUGAACUGAACUCUCUGAAGACUUCUAGAACUAGCGACCUUUCAUUGCUCAGUGAUCUAGCUAAGCAAUAUGAAGAGUAUGAGACUGUGAUUAUAGAAGAUCGCUUAGAGAAAGAGAAAGACCAGCAAAAGAAGAAGCAAGAAAAGAUGGAACUAGCAAGUGCAAUUAAGAUACAAGCCUGGUGGAAGGGCACCAUGGUACGGAAAAGCCUGGGACCUUAUGCAAAAACAAAAAGCAAGAAAGGGAAAGAGACAGGCAAAAAGGGUAAAGCCAAAAAAGGAGGUAAAAAGAAGAAAUGAGUUAAUCGCAAGGCGCGAAGGACAAAAGGACAUUCAACAGAUUCACUAAUUCUGGAAUAAAAUAACUUUUUCUUAAGUCUUAAGAUUCCUUUGAUUUACUGAACCGGACCAAACUGAUCAAAAGAAAGGCAAGCAUGGUUUAUCUUCCUAUUGUGAUCAUUAUAUACUUUCGUUUUCUUACAGGGGUAUUCCCAUCUCAAUAACUGGAUGCCAUCCUGUAGAAAAAACUUGCAAUAAGGGCUGUUUUAUUUAUUUUUUUGCGGGUCGGAUG